GACUGACGCAGAGGCAGAGCGAGCAAAGACAGAGCAGCAGCAGCAGCAGCAGCAUCAGGGCAUCAGCUUCAGACUACAGCGACGGGUUUGCGCAUUGAGCAUCCUCUAGUCAACACAAACGAUAUACAAUAAGAUGGCCACCUCCUCCUCCACUCUGGAAGAAGACGAGAGUUUGAAGGGCUGUGAGAUUUUCGUGCAAAAGCACAACAUCCAGCAGAUCCUCAAAGAGUGCAUAGUGAACCUCUGCAUCGCUAAACCUGAGCGUCCUAUGAAGUUUCUGCGAGAGCAUUUUGAAAAACUGGAGAAGGAAGAAUGCAAGCAGAUCAUGGCACGGCAGAAAUCUAACAGCCAGUCGGACUCACAUGAUGAUGAAGUUUCCCCCCCACCUCCCAACCCAGUCGUUAAGGCUCGCCGCCGCAGGGGAGGGGUCAGCGCCGAGGUCUACACCGAAGAGGACGCAGUCAGCUAUGUGCGCAAGGUGAUCCCCAAGGACUACAAAACCAUGACCGCCCUGGCUAAGGCCAUUUCCAAGAAUGUGCUGUUUGCUCAUCUGGAUGACAAUGAGAGGAGUGACAUAUUUGAUGCCAUGUUCCCUGUAACGCACAUCGCUGGCGAAACUGUCAUCCAACAAGGCGAUGAAGGAGACAACUUUUACGUGAUUGACCAAGGAGAAGUGGAUGUAUAUGUCAAUGGAGAGUGGGUGACCAAUAUUGGAGAAGGAGGAAGUUUCGGAGAGCUGGCACUGAUCUAUGGGACUCCCAGAGCAGCCACUGUUAAAGCCAAGACAGACCUGAAACUGUGGGGGAUUGACAGAGACAGCUACCGGCGCAUACUCAUGGGAAGCACACUCCGAAAGAGAAAGAUGUACGAAGAGUUCCUCAGCAAGGUCUCCAUCUUGGAGUCUCUGGAUAAGUGGGAACGCCUGACUGUAGCAGAUGCACUGGAGCCAGUUCAGUUUGAGGACGGAGAGAAGAUUGUGGUUCAAGGAGAGCCUGGAGAUGACUUCUUUAUUAUAACUGAAGGAAUAGCUUCAGUUCUGCAGCGCAGGUCAGACAACGAGGAGUAUGUGGAGGUUGGACGCCUGGGGCCAUCAGACUAUUUUGGUGAGAUUGCGCUGCUGUUGAACCGCCCCAGAGCUGCUACUGUAGUGGCCCGGGGCCCGCUCAAGUGUGUGAAGCUGGACCGGCCAAGGUUCGAGCGUGUGCUGGGGCCCUGCUCGGAGAUCCUCAAGAGGAACAUCCAGAGAUACAACAGCUUCAUCUCCCUCACCGUGUGACGCCUCUGUCCCACCACCACCUGCAGGGUGCCCACAUCAGCAUCACGUCAGUUCGACCAGAGCGGGUUUACAAAGAAGAGUGCUCAUUUCCUGCCUUUUUUUCUAUUUUGUUUGAUCUUGUGCACUUUGACUUGACCUGUGCUGUCACAUAGCUUUAUGUCAGAAAGAGGAUGUAAAAACCUGAGGGGUGAGACGUCAUGUAUCUCAUGUAAAUGUGUCAUGCAUACAGCGUGUUGACUGUACAUGAUGCAUGCUUCUAUCUGUCUAAAUGGAGAUUGCACUUUGAUGGUCUAAGGAUGGAUUCAGGACAUAAGCAAGUUGUGUUUACGUACAGCUUUUGCCUUUUCCACUUCUGUGUGGUGGUGCCAUUUGUAGGUCACUGCACAUUCUUCUACCAAUAUAUUUAGAUACAUUAUCGGCUUUUAUUAUUUACGCUUCUAUUGCCGCGUAGAGGCACAUGUAUGUUUGAAGUGGCAAUGUUUUGUUGUGGCAAAAGCUUUUUGAAACUUUCUAAUUGUCAAUUUGCCCUAUGGAGUAACUUUUACCAGCCCAGUGCACGCACACACAGUACUUUUAUCUAACAGUACUUUUUUUUAUUUAUUUUAAUGUAUACACCUCCAAUGUCUCAGGACUCUCCAAAACUCAAAUGCUUUUUAAUGCUGAUUUUAUUUCUGCCUAGAAGGACCUUUUUACUCCACUUUGUAGCAUUGGGUCAACAUCUUGAUCUAUCAUUUUUAAGACUUAAAAGAAUAUUCUUCACAUUUAAAGUAAGGAGUUGAAAUAGAUAUAAUGUACUGUAUUUACCUGUGUUGCUUUUCUUUGAUUUGCUGUAUCACGUCUGAGGCUCCACAAGUGACCUCUUUCUGUAUCUUGUCUGUGUGUCUUUCAACUAUAAAAAUCAUCUUGAGCAAAUAAAGAUAGGCUUGUGAAAUAA